GAAACCUCAUUGUUAUCUAUCCUUCAAAACCCUCUCUGCUCUAACCUUCUCGCAUCAUCUAAAGCCAUUAAAAAAUGGCCGCAGAAGAAGUUCUAAAGCUCUUCGAUAUGUACUGGUUCGAGAGUGAAAUCUUCACCAAAAUCCCAUUUUCACCUCCCAAUGUAACAAACCCAAUUGAAGAAGAAAUUCAAGAAUCGAAAUUUUCGCACUCACCUAGUCCUCAAGUCAGGUCUCUUAUUGAGCAAAACUUGAGCUCCAAAGCAAGUAUUGCCUCUGAUUCUCUCUCCCCAACAACACCAAAGCUUCAAUCAAUCCUCUCAGGCAAGGUUGUUACAGAAUUCGAAAGCAAAAGUGAGAAACAAUACGAUAUUGAAGCACCCAUUAAGCCAAAAGGGAGAGAAAGAAGGAGCGGAGGAGGAAGAAGAAACAGAGGAGGUGUAAGUAACAAUAGUAAGAGCUUGACAGAUCUUGAGUUUGAGGAGCUAAAAGGGUUUAUGGAUCUGGGAUUUGUGUUUUCUGAGGAGGAUAAAGAUUCAAGCUUGGUUUCUAUAAUUCCCGGGCUGCAAAGAUUGGGGAGAAAAUCUGGUGAAGAUGAACAGAAAGAACAGAGAAAGAUUGAUAAAAAUAGUGUUGUUCAAAGGCCUUAUUUGUCAGAAGCAUGGGAUGUAUUGGACAUAAGAAAGGAGAAGCCAGUGUUGAUUGAUUGGAGAAUUCCAGUUUUGGGCAAUGAAAUGGACAUGAAAGGCAGUCUCAGAUUUUGGGCUCACACAGUUGCAUCAACUGUCAGAUAGUAAUAAUCCAACACACCUUGAUUUCUUGUUUCUGCUUAUCUUUUCUUUCUAUUAUCUGGGUUUUCUGGUCUAGAUUGUUUGGGUUUUAAUGGUGCCAAUUUUGUAACCUUCUCUGCAAGACAUGUACUUGUAAAUAAAGAACUGGAUCUUUGUUGGGUUGGUUUUCA